ACACACACACAAUACAACACCACAUUCAAAUGCUGACACAUACUGUAUAUGCUCACAAAGCAGCAGAAGUUCUCACAGAGUAAAUAGGUUUUCGGAGCUAUUGGAAUUAAUACCAAGACACACACAUCAGAGAGUAUGAGGUCACCAUAUUUCCCUGCAAGGUCAGUGCUUUUCCACAAAGAGCUGAAUGGAGUGACAUACAGAGUCCCUGCGCUGCUGUAUCUGUCUCGCUCCAAAUCCUUCCUGGCCUUCUGCGAGGAGAGACUCAGCCCCUCCGACUCUCAGGCUCACCUGCUGGUCAUGAGGAAGGGCACCUUCUACAGGAACUAUGUGGAGUGGGAUGACAUGCGUGUCCUGGGCACUGCUUUCCUACCGGGUCACAGGUCCAUGAACCCAUGUCCAGUGUACGACGAGUUCACUGGGACUCUGUUUUUGUUCUUCAUUGCUGUUCUGGGCCACACGUCAGAGUCCUACCAGCUGGUGACGGGGAAAAACGUAACACGUCUCUGCUUCAUCUCCAGCACUGAUGAUGGCAUCUCCUGGAGUCCUGUCACUGACCUCACACAGAGGGUUAUAGGAGACACUAUUAAAGAAUGGGCCACGUUCGCCCUUGGUCCAGGCCACGGCAUCCAGCUGAAGUCAGGUCGCCUGCUGAUUCCAGCCUAUGCUUACCACAUCGAGUGCAAAGAAUGCUUUGGACAGAUUUGUCAGACUACUCCUCAUGCCUUUUGCUUCCACAGUGACACCCAUGGGCGAACCUGGACCUUUGGGGAGUUAGUACCAGGCCCAGAGAGCGUGGAGUGUCAGAUGGUGUCUGUGGAUGAAGAAGAUGGGACUAACAUAUUGUACUGUAAUGCACGGAGCCCUCUCGGCUACAGGGUGCAGGCCCUGAGUCUGGAUGACGGGGCGGUGUUUCAGGAAGGGCAGCUGGUCCAGAGGCUGGUGGAGCCUCGUAAUGGGUGCCACGGCAGCAUUGUGGGGUUCCCAGCACCGCUACAUCUUUUUCAUUCUCUCAACCACAGCUUAACUCAAAACUCCCACUGCUCAAGACACUGGACACCUGGCUUUACCUCCUCAUGUCCCAUCCCAGUCUCUUCCUCUCCAAAUAUCACUGCCACUGUUUCCCCAAAGCCAACUGCCCCUCCAGAUUUCCUCACUCCCACCUGGGUGGUGUACUCCCACCCAACAUGGACAAGUGCACGCAAGGAUCUGGGAGUCUUCCUCAGCUUAUUCCCCCGUGAUCCAGACAGCUGGCGUGGCCCUUGGGUGAUCUACGAGGGCCCCAGUGCCUACUCUGACCUGGCCUAUUUGGAGCUGCCUCCUUCACCCGGUGCUCCACCUGCAGUGGCCUUUGCCUGUCUGUUUGAGUGUGGGAUCAAAACAGCCUAUGAUGAAAUCUGCUUUAGCAUCUUCACCCUCUAUGAGCUCAUAGAUAAUCUGCCCCGGGAAACACAGCUUUUAAGUCCCAGUGCAGAAAAUAAAGAAAAACAGAAUACAGUUCUAUCGACGGAGUGUCGUUCUGUUGGACAUGAUACUCAACCUACAUCAAACUUCCAGCAAGUAUCUCAAGUGAAAAAAAGCAGAAAAGAGAGUAAAUUGAGGGAGCUGUGUUCUGUGUUGUAAAUGUGGUUCAAGACACACAUUUUAAGUUUACGGCCAGUUUCUAUCGAAAUCCAUCCAUGUUUUAUAGAUUGUACAGCUUGUGUAGAGUGAUUCAUGAAUAAUGCAUUUGUACAAAUACACUUUAUGUCAGGGGUCACCAACUCUGGUC